GUCUCUGUGUGUCUCUCUGUCUCUGUGUGUCUCUCUGUCUCUGUCUGUCUCUGCCUGUGUGUCUGUGUCUCUGUCUGUCUCUGUGUGUCUCUGUCUGUCUCUCUGUCUCUCUCUGUCUCUGUCCGCCCGUCUGCGUCGAGCGGCGCUUCGGUUUCAUUGUCAUCAUGACGGACUCCAAAUACUUCAACACGACCAAGAAAGGGGAGAUGUUUGAGCUCAAGGCGGAGUUGGGCAGUGAGAAGAAGGAGAGGAAAAAGGAGGCCGUCAAGAAAGUCAUCGCGUCCAUGACAGUCGGCAAGGACGUCAGCGCCCUCUUUCCCGACGUGGUCAACUGCAUGCAGACGGACAACCUGGAGCUGAAGAAGUUGGUGUACCUGUACCUCAUGAACUACGCCAAGAGCCAACCUGACAUGGCCAUCAUGGCAGUCAACACCUUCGUCAAGGACUGCGAGGACCCCAAUCCGCUGAUCCGUGCUCUGGCGGUGCGGACGAUGGGCUGUAUCCGUGUGGACAAGAUCACGGAGUACCUGUGCGAGCCUCUCCGACGCUGCCUGCGUGACGAGGACCCCUACGUGCGCAAGACGGCGGCAGUCUGCGUGGCCAAGCUACACGACAUCAGCGCCGGCCUCGUGGAGGAGCAGGGAUUCCUGGACUCGCUGCGAGACCUCCUCUCUGACUCCAACCCCAUGGUGGUGUCCAACGCGGUGGCCGCCCUCUGCGAGAUUGGAGACGGCCGCAGCGAUGGGGCCGCCCGGCUGCUGGAGCUGACUCCGGCGUCGGCCAGCAAGCUGCUGACUGCCCUCAACGAGUGCACGGAGUGGGGUCAGGUGUUCAUACUGGACUGCCUCGCCUCGUACGUGCCCAGGGACGAGAGGGAGGCACAGAGUGUGUGUGAACGCGUGACCCCACGCCUCUCCCACGCCAACCCAGCGGUGGUCCUGUCCGCCGUCAAGGUCCUCAUCCAUCUCCUCGACCGCCUGGGCGGGGCCUCCUCCUCCUCGGGGGGCGGGGCCUCCUCCUCGGGGGGCGGGGCCUCCUCGGGGGGCGGGGCCCCAGGCUCCGCCCCCGGGGAGUACCAGGCGACUCUGCUGAGGAAGUUGGCUCCGCCCCUUGUGACGCUGCUGGCGGCCGAGCCGGAGCUGCAGUACGUGGCCUUGCGCAACAUCAACCUCGUCGUGCAGAAGAGGCCGGAGAUCCUGAAGCAUGAGAUGAAAGUUUUCUUUGUCAAGUACAACGACCCCAUCUACGUGAAGCUGGAGAAGUUGAACAUCAUGAUGCGCCUCGCAUCUCCAGCCAACAUUGCCCAGGUGCUAGCGGAGCUGAAGGAGUACGCCACGGAGGUGGACGUGGACUUUGUGCGCAAAGCCGUGAGAGCCAUCGGACGCUGUGCCAUCAAAGUGGAGCAGUCUGCGGAGCGCUGUGUGAGCACGCUGCUGGAUCUGAUCCAGACCAAGGUGAACUACGUUCUGCAGGAGGCCGUCAUCGUCAUCAAGGACAUCUUCCGCAAGUACCCCAACAAGUACGAGAGCAUCAUUGGGGUACUCUGCGAGUCCCUGGAGUCCCUGGACGAGCCGGAGGCGCGUGCCGCUAUGAUCUGGAUCAUCGGGGAGUAUGCCGAGAGGAUCGACAACGCAUCAGAGUUGCUAGACUCGUUCCUGGACUCGUUCCACGAUGACAGUGCACAGGUGCAGCUGCAGCUGCUUUCCGCCAUCGUGAAGCUCUUCCUGAAGAAGCCGACAGAGAACCAGGAGCUGGUACAGCAGGUGCUGAGCCUGGCCACACAGGACUCUGACAACCCAGACCUGCGAGAUCGCAGCUACAUCUACUGGCGGCUGCUUUCCACUGACCCGUCGGCGGCCAGGGAUGUGGUGUUGGCGGAGAAGCCGGUGAUCUCCCAGGAGGACUCGGACGCUCUGUCGCCACGCCUCCUCGACGCCCUCCUCGGCCACAUCUCCUCACUCGCCUCCGUCUACCACAAGCUGCCCUCCGCCUUCGUGGAAGGGGGCGGCCGUGGUGGUGGUGGUGGUGGCGGUGGUGGUGGUGGUGGUGGCGGCGGUGGUGGUGCCAAGAGAGGAGUAGGAUCCAGAGAUAACUCGCCAGAGCUCCAGGACAGCCCCGAAGCUGCUGAGACUUUCCCCACCACGGCCCCCACCACGGCCCCCACCACCACCACCACGGCCACCACUCAGCCCGGCAGUGACCUCCUGGGCGACCUCCUGACCCUUGACCUGGGCGGCCCGGCCCCUCCCGCUCACCCCGUGGCCCCGGCCCCCGCCCCCUCCGCCGCCCCUCAGCCAAUGGGAGCGCUCGAUUUGCUGGGAGGUGGGCUGGACUCUCUGCUGGGCGGAAACGCAGCCCCCGCAGCUCCUGCUGGAGGAGGUCUGGGCGCUCUGCUGGACCUGGCUGGGAGCGUCUCCAUGCCCAGUGGGGGCUACACAGCGCCUGCCUCACAGAUGUGGCUGCUGGCUGCGAAGGCCAAGGGGCUGGAGGUGCAGGGUCACUUCUCGCGAGUGGGUGGCACCCCCCACAUGCACCUGGCGCUCGGCAACCGUGCCAUGAGGCCCAUGAGUGACUUCGCCAUCCAGUUCAACAAGAACAGCUUUGGGCUGGUGCCCAGUGCCCCGCUGCAGGUGCCAACGCCACUGCUGCCCAAUCAGACGAGGGAGCUGGCGCUGCCUCUCUCCACCCUGGGCCCCGUGAUGCACAUGGAGCCCCUCAACAACCUCCAGGUGGCUGUGAAGAACAACUUGGAUGUGUUUUACUUCAGCGCCCUGGUGCCAAUUCACAUCCUCUUCACGGAGGACGGAGCUCUCGAGGAGCAGGCCUUCCACUCCCUGUGGAACCAAGUCCCGGCUGACACGGAGUUCCGCCACCACUUCAACUGCGCCCUGCCCACAGACGCUGUGUGUGCACGCCUGGCGUGUGCCAACGUGCACGUCACGUCCUCGCGCGUCCACGCCGACGGCUCAACCCUCGUGAGCGUCUCCAUGAAGACGAGCGGCGGCCAGUGGGUGCUCGCACAGCUGUCCCGGCAGCAGCAGCAGCAGCAGCAGCUGAUGCCGGGACAGCUGAUGCCGGGACAGCAGCUGAUGCCGGGACAGCAGCUGAUGCCGGGACAGCUGGGCGCGGGACAGCUGGGCGCGGGCGCGGUCGCGAUGAUGGUACGCUCCACCUCCCCCGAGCUGGUUCCCUGCGUGGCGCAGUCCAUCGACUCCCUCCUCAGCAACUAGAACAAUCACGUGACCAUAGCAACUUAGGUUCCUAGCAACUUGCAACUUGUUCCUAGCUACUUGAUCCUAGCAACUGGUUCCUAGCAACUGUUUCCACAGCAACUGUUUCCUAGCAACUGUGCGUUCCUAGCUACUUGAUCCUAGCAACUGGUUCCUAGCAACUGUUUCCACAGCAACCGUGGGUUCCUGGCAACUUGUUCCGUGCAACUGGUUCCUAGCAACUGUUUCCACAGCAACCGUGGGUUCCUAGCAACUUGUUACGUGCAACUUGUUACGUGCAACGUGUUCUUGGCAACUGGUCCCUGGCUAAAUGUUUCCACAGCAACCGUGGGUUCCUAGCAACUUGUUUGCUGCAACGUGUUCUUAGCAACUGUUUCCGCAGCAACCGUCCGUUCCUAGCAACUUCUUUCGUGCAACGUGAUCUUAGCAACUUGUUCCUAGCAAACGUUUUCCACAGCAACCGUGGGUUUCUGGCAACUUGUUCCUAGCAACUUGUUCUUAGCAACUGUUUCCACAGCAACCAUGGGUUCCUAGUAAUUUGUUACGUGCAACUGGUCCUUGGCUGAAUUUUUCCUAGCAACUUGUUCCUAGCAACGUGUUCUUAGCAACUUAUUCCUAGCAACUGUUUCCACAGCAACCGUGGGUUCCUAGCAACUUGUUUGCUGCAACGUGUUUUUAGCAACUGGUCCCUGGCUAAAUGUUUCCACAGCAACCGUGGGUUCCUAGCAACGUUCUUAGCAACGUGUUCUUAGCAACUUUUCCUAGCAACUUGUUCCGUGCAACUGGUUCCUAGCAACUGUUUCCACAGCAACCGUGGGUUCCUGGCAACUUGUUACGUGCAACUUGUUCUUAGCAACUAGUCCCUGGCUGAAUGUUUCCGCAGCAACCGUGCGUUCUUGGCAACUUGUUACGUGCAACGUUGUUCCUAGCAACUUGUUCCUAGCAACUAUUUCCGUGGCAACUGGUUCCUAGCAACUGUUUCCGCAGCAACCAUGGGUUUCUAGCAACUUGUUCCGUGCAACUUGUUCCUAGCAACUGUUUCCGCAGCAACCAUGGGUUUCCUAGCAACUUGUUUGCUGCAACGUGUUCUUAGCAACUUAUUCCUAGCAACUGUUUCCACAGCAACCGUGGGUUCCUAGCAACUUGUUCUGUGCAUCUGGUCCUUGGCUGAAUGUUCCUAGCAACGUGUUCCUUGCAACGUGUUCUUAGCAACUUAUUCCUAGCAACUGUUUCCACAACAACCGUGGGUUCCUAGCAACUUGUUCUGUGCAACUGGUCCUUGGCUGAAUGUUUCCUAGCAACGUGUUCCUUGCAACGUGUUCUUAUCAACUUAUUCCUAGCAACUGUUUCCACAGCAACCGUGGGUUCCUGGCAACUUGUUCCGUGCAACUUGUUCUUGGCAACUGGUCCCUAGCUAAAUGUUUCCGCAGCAACCGUGGGUACCUAGCAACUGUUUCCACAGCAACCAUGGGUUCCUAGCAACUUGUUUGCUGCAACUGGUCCCUGGCUGAAUGUUUCCUAGCAACGUGUUCCUAGCAACGUGUUCUUAGCAACUGCUUCCACAGCAACCGUUGGUUCCUAGCAACUUGUUCCGUGCAACUGGUCCCUGGCUGAAUGUUUCCUAGCAACGUGUUCCUAGCAACGUGUUCUUAGCAACUGUUUCCACAGCAACCGUGGGUUCCUGGCAACUUGUUACAUGCAACUUGUUCUUAGCAACUGGUCCCUGGCUGAAUGUUUCCACAGCAACCGUGGGUUCCUAGCAACGUUCUUAGCAACUUGUUCCUAGCAACUUGUUCCGUGCAACUGGUUCCUAGCAACUGUUUCCACAGCAACCGUGGGUUUCUAGCAACUUGUUUGCUGCAACUUGUUCUUAGCAACUGUUUCCACAGCAACCGUGGGUUCCUGGCAACUUGUUCCGUGCAACUGGUUCCUAGCAACUGUUUCCACAGCAACCGUGGGUUCCUAGCAACUUGUUACGUGCAACUUGUUCCGUGCAACGUGUUCUUGGCAACUGGUCCCUGGCUGAAUGUUUCCUCGGCAACCGUGGGUACCUAGCAACUGGUUCCUUGCAACUGGUUCCUAGCAACUGUUUCCACAGCAACCGUGGGUUCCUAGCAACUUGUUCCGUGCAACUGGUUCCUAGCAACUGUUUCCACAGCAACCGUGGGUUCCUAGCAACUUGUUUGCUGCAACUUGUUCCUAGCAACUGGUCCCUGGCUAAAUGUUUCCGCAGCAACCGUGGGUUCGUAGCAGCUUGUUCCGUGCAACUUGUUCCUAGCAACUUGUUCCUAGCAACUGUUUCCACGGCAACCGUGGGUUCCUGGCUACUUGUUCCGUGCAACGUGUUCCUAGCAACGUGUUCCUAGCAACUGUUUCCGCGGCAACCGUCCAUUCCUGGCAACUUGUUCCGUGCAACGCGUUCCUGGCAACUUGUUCCUAGCAACUUGUUCCUAGCAACUGUUUCCACGGCAACCGUGGGUUCCUGGCUACUUGUUCCGUGCAACGCGUUCCUGGCAACUUGUUCCUAGCAACUUGUUCCUAGCAACUGUUUCCACAGCAACCGCGCGCGUUCCUGGCAACUUGUCCAUAGCAACUGUUUCCGCGGCAACCGCGCGCGUUCCUGGCAACUUGUCCCUAGCAACUGUUUCCGCGGCAACCGCGCACGUUCCUGGCAACUUGUCCCUAGCAACUGUUUCCGCGGCAACCCGUGUCCUGGCGAUACAAAAAAAA